UCUGGGCCAACUUUUCCAGUCAAACAUCACAAAUAUAGCUUUUCUCGUUGUUCGAAAAUGGCUCAAAUAACGAGCGAAGGGGUCGAACAAGAUUCUCAACCGACGUCGGAUCAAAACGGCACCGGAGAAACGGCAGAAACCGGCAAGGAGGGACAGGCCGUGCCGGACCCCAAACAGGAACCGGGCGACAACAACGAGAACACAGUGAGAAUGGACGUGAGCAGCGGUCGCGGUGUGGCGGAGGAGCACGGGGACAACUUGUCUCCCGGUCCCGACGACGACAAAGAAACGGCCUCACCGAGCAAAGAAAGGGACGACGGUGAAGGGGAAGACGGCGGUAAACUAUCUGAACCGGUGAAAAGUCCCGUACAGGGGAGUUUGGCGAGUAGCAUUGAUUCCGCACAAGAGGGCUCCCGGGUGCUGAAAGAAGAACAAAGAGAGGGGGAGAACGUGUCCUCCUCACCGCACAAAGACCGCACAAAGACCGCGGAGAAGCCCGAGCACGGCACCAAACGACGGGCCAGCGUGGAGCUCACCUCGUCGGAUGGAGAGCCGCUCAGUCGGAUGGAUUCGGAAGACAGUAUCAGCAGCACCCUGAUGGACAUGGAGAGCACGGCGUCCAGCGGCCGCUCCACCCCUGCCAUGCUCAACGGGCACGGCGGGGGCGCGGUGGCGGGAAGCGGCAGCGGCUCGGCGGCGGCGGGCGGCAAGUCCUUGAGCUACACGUGCUGCUGGGAUCACUGCCAGCUGCUGUUUCUCAGCAGCCCCGACCUGGCCGAACACAUCAGAGCCACACAUGUGGAUGGACAGAGAGGAGGGGUGUUUGUGUGUCUGUGGAAAGGCUGUAAGGUGUACAACACACCAUCCACCAGUCAGAGCUGGCUGCAGAGACACAUGCUGACACACAGCGGAGACAAACCAUUCAAGUGUGUGGUGGGGGGCUGCAACGCCACGUUUGCCUCUCAGGGGGGGCUGGCUCGACACGUCCCCACUCACUUCAGCUCGCAGGGUUCCUCCAAACUGUCCAAUCAGGGCAAAGUGAAGGAGGAGUCUCCGUCCAAAGCCGGCCUCAACAAGAGACGGAAAAUGAAGAACAAACACAAACGCUCCCUCCCUCGACCUCACGACUUCUUUGAUGCUCAGACCAUGGACGCCAUCCGCCAUCGAGCCAUCUGCCUCAACCUGGCAACACACAUUGAGAGUCUGGGCAACGGACACAGUGUGGUGUUCCACAGCACGGUAAUAGCCAGGAGGAAAGAGGACUCUGGGAAAGUGAAGGUCUUGUUGCACUGGACACCUGAGGACAUGCUGCCAGAUGUGUGGGUGAACGAGAGCGACCGGCUGCAGCAGAAGACCAAGGUCGUACAUCUGUCCAAGCUGCCCACAGACACAGCUGUACUCCUCGACCCCAACAUCUACAGGAUGUUCUUCUAACCACCUCCAGAGGAACUCCGUCUGUUCCUGCUAUUAACCACGAGUCCAUCUCUGCGUCCCUCCUCUCCCGCUCCUCCCUCUCCCAGAGGACCCUGGGAGUGUAGAGACGUGUUUCAUGGCUGUGUGAAGCCUGCGUUUAGGUGCUGAGUUUACUGAGGACAUUUAGGGGAGACGUUGCUUGUUUUAGGUAACACAACUAGACUGAAAACUAACUGACAGAAGUGUAACUGUAGACACAUGUAGAGAGACGCUGUCUUUGUAAAUACUUGAGAUUUGUAAUAUAUUUUUAUACUUUGAAUUUUUUACUGUACUGUAGAUAGACGUCCCCUUUUUCUGCCAAACGUUUUAAAUAGAUGUUUUAAAAACUGAUAAUAAUGGUCAUGUGCAUAUAGCUGGCAUUGCUUUUGUUUGAUGUCAUUAAACUUUUCCA